UUGGGUUGAAAAAAGUUUGUUCCGGUUGAUGUGUGUUUACUUCCGGUGAAUUUACAUUGACACAUUUGACAUGUCAACACAAAUUUGUGCUUAUAUGCAUCAUGCAUGAGCUGUUAAACAAUUUUUUUAUUGACGCAGAAUAGAUUUCGUUUCCAAAUAUACAGGAAGGAUGCUUCUGUUUAACUUUUCAACGCUGAUAUUUGUCCUGUUGCUGAUGCUAGGGACCGUGCUGUCUGCAAAAGCUGCCACAGGACCCCAGGAGGUAGACAGUAAAAAUCAGCAACCAAAAGUACAACCAGACCCAGACGAUGAUGAAAGUUCAUUUCUGAAAAACAUUUUAGAAGAUGCAAGGAAUCUAACAGAUGGUGACAAUACAACAACAACAACUACUACUACAACACCAAAGCCUACGUUAAAGCCGACUAACAGUCCACCCGAUCUUCCUGAUGUUGGAGAAUCAGAAAAAGAACAUAAAAGCAGUUUGACAAUAUUCUUUAUUCUACUUGUCAUUGCAAUAUGUAUCCUGAUGACACAUAUGCUGCUACAGACAAAGUUCCACUACCUGCCCGAAAGUAUUGCUGUUGUAUUAGUUGGUGCCUUGAUUGGACUAGUUCUCAAGAUUUUUAAAUUUGGAAAUUGGAGUAAAGAAGAGGCGUUUCCACCAACAAUAUUCUUUAUUGUUUUGUUACCACCUAUUAUAUUUGAAUCAGGAUAUAAUCUUCACAAGGGCAAUUUUUUCCAGAACAUAGGAACAAUUUUAGUGUUUGCUAUAAUAGGUACAGCUAUAUCAGCUAUGGUUGUAGGAGGUGGAAUCUAUCUACUGGGACAGGCACAGGUAGCAUAUGAGUUUACUGUAGUAGAGAGUUUUGCGUUUGGUUCACUGAUAUCUGCAGUAGAUCCUGUCGCAACACUAGCUAUAUUUCACUCACUGAAUGUAGAUGAAGUGCUAUACAUGUUGGUGUUUGGAGAGAGUAUACUUAAUGAUGCUGUAGCCAUUACUUUAACUGUGACUGUAUUAGAGUUUGAGAAUCCAGAGAUGGCAAAUGUUACAGGGUCUGCUGCAUUCUUUAAAGCUGUACUGAGAUUUCUGGUCAUGUUUUUUGGUUCAAGUCUCAUAGGAAUGGUGUCAGGGCUCGUCAGUGCUCUAUUACUCAAGUUUGUAGAUCUGAGGAAAACUCCGUCACUGGAGAUAGGAAUGAUGUUAGUGUUCUCAUACCUUCCAUAUGGUCUAGCUGAGGGGCUUCAUCUCUCUGGGAUAAUGGCAAUAUUAAUGAGUGGAAUUGUCAUGUCACAUUAUACUCAUCAUAAUCUUUCACCUGUCACACAGAUUACUGUACAACAUACAUUUAGAACCAUAGCUUUUAUGGCAGAAACAUGUGUGUUUGCCUACAUAGGCAUGGCAUUUUUUAGUUUCAAAUUUGUGUUCAAGCCUGCUUUAGUAAUAUGGAGCAUAACUCUGAUAUUAAUCGGCAGGGCUGUCAACAUUUUCCCGCUGUCUUUCAUUUCAAAUUAUUUUCGUGAGCAUAAAAUCACCAAAAAACAGCAGUUUAUUAUGUGGUUUAGUGGGUUACGUGGUGCCAUUGCCUUUGCUCUCAGCCUUCAUCUAGAGUUUGAUACCCCGGAGAAGCGUUAUGUACUGGUCACUACAACACUUAUUAUUGUAUUGUUUACAAUCUUGUUCCUAGGUGGCUCAACCAUGCCUAUGAUGAAGCUUCUUAAAGCAGAGAAGAAGGAGAAAAAGAGGAGAAAAUCAGAGAGGGAGAUAUCUCUUAGUAAAACUAAAGAAAUGGGUGAUACAGUAGACAGCGAGCAUUUAUCAGAAUAUACAGAGAGUGAGGCGGAGGUGAGCUUUGCCAAGCCGUCACAUAAAGGUUUUGUGAGAGUUGAUGCUAGAUAUUUGAUACCAUUCUUCACAAGGAAAUUUACUCAACAGGAGGUAAGAGAUGCUAAGACACAGAUGACAAACUUAACGAAGCAGUGGUUUAACGACGUACGUGCCGCGCCCUCAGAAUCUUCAGAAGAGGAGGAAGAAACGUUGUUUAUUAACUCACGGCACAACUCCGAGAGUAACGAGCCUUUGUUACAAUAAUCAGCUAAUUCCUUCAUAAUGUGUUCAGUCAAAAAAUGCAGUCAGAUUCUAUUUGAUAAUAGAGAUUAAAGACAGCUUCUACUCUGCCAUCAAAAUAUGACAACAAAAAUAUGUGCUGCAAGGAUAUUUGCUCAUGAUAUUUAAUCUGUUCCAUAUAUAAUUAUAUUUAUUCUAGUUUUUCCAUAAAAAAAUUUUCUUUGAUUUAAUUCUAUUAAAUGUUACAAUUUAUUGA